GGUCCGGCGCCCGCCGCUCCGCCUGGGGGCCCGAGACCUGUCGCUCCACCUGGGGGUCCGGCGCCCGCCUCUCCGCCUGAGGGCCCGAGACCUGUCGCUCCGCCUGGGGGCCCGAUGCCUGUCGCCCCUCCUGGGGGCCUGAUGCCUGUCGCCCCGCCUGGGGGCCCAAUGCCUGUCGCCCCGCCUGGGGGCCCGAUGCCUGCUGCUCCGCCUGGUGGCCCGGUGCCUGCUGCUUCGCCUGGUAAUCCGAUGUGCCUCUGCCCGGAGUCCGGCCCGAUGUGCCUCUGCCCAAUGUGCCUCUGCCCGGUGUGCCCCUGCCCGGUGUGUGCCGCUGCCCGGAGUCCUGCCCGGUGUGCCGCUGCCCGGAGUCCUGCCCGCUAGGACUGUUUGGAGCGUCCUGAGGCCGCUCCUUGAGGGGGGGGUACUGUC